GGAAGUAAUUUGUCCUGUUGACAUGCAAUUGUUGCAGGAACAGCUAAACCUCGGCGAAGACACGGUGCCUAGCUUUCUUACUAGGAAUCCACCCAUGUUGAAGCCAUAAUCAGCCUUGGACAGGCCGAUGAACAUUGUUUCCAUUUACAGAUUGUCGAUAACAUGGCAUUUGUCUACGACCCGUUCUCGAUGGACGGACCAGGCGAAUCUCUCCUGAUGGACUGGGGCACCCCAGAUGCCAACGAGAUAGUCCAUGCGUAUAUUGUCAAGAGACGCCCUAGAGACCGUGUUCUCCACACGUUCACCUUUCCGGUGAAGAGGGGAGUUUGGUAUUAUAUCGGCGCCCACAAAUGGAACGUGAAGGACCUUUUUGAGGUUUGGCCCACUCUGGGUGAUAGAGCUAAGGAAGUUGUUACCGGUAAACUGCAGAGACGUUGCAAUCGCAGGUUCUCCCAGCAAGAAAUUGUUGAGAUGAUUCAAGAUGGUCGACUGCAGCAAUUCUGUAUUGAAGUGAGCAGUCGGUCAUUAAAGGAUCUCAGUCGAGGGUUUGCGAAGACAAGUUUAGGUUAUGAAGGAGGGAACGUUGUCCAGUGAUCCUGAUGGUAUCUUGAUAUAUCUUUUUUUCGUUGCCAUGUCUUAUGUUUUGUGCAACGGUGAAUGCACAAUGGAGGUCUUUGCACAAUACAAUCAGACACAAUCGAGCAUGCUAGAACUGCCAUGAGCGAU